AGUAAUAAUUAAAAUUAUUUUUAAACCCCCUAGCCGCCCAGAACAGCCACCCAAAUUUCAACCUCUUUCUUUCUCUCUCUUGAAAAUAUCUAUCAAUCAAAAUUUGCAAUCCCCACAAGUAUACCCUUCCCUCUCCAUAUAAGAAUCUUAGAAAAGCUAUCACAGUAACCUUUCCAUCAUCAUCAACAAAAACAUAUGAACCCAAACAUCUCUCUCUCUUUUGAUUGAAUAAUAAUAAUAAUAAUAAUAAGAAGCAUCAACCCUAAAAGAUGUCAAUGGAAGAGUCACUAAGAUCUCUGUCUUUAGAUUACUUAAACCUUCUAAUAAAUGGACAAGCCUUCAGCGACGUGGUAUUCAGCGUGGAAGGGCGUUUAGUACACGCGCAUAGAUGCAUAUUAGCAGCAAGAAGUAUGUUCUUCAGGAAAUUCUUUUGUGGGCCAGAGCCAGCCUCAGGAGUACUAGACCCAUCAUCAGGAAACAGAGUUAACUCGGUUGGAUCAACCAGGUCGGGUGUUAUACCUGUUAACUCGGUAGGUUAUGAAGUUUUCUUGUUGAUGCUUCAGUUUCUCUAUAGUGGACAAGUUUGUAUUGUGCCUCAGAAACAUGAAGCUAGGCCUAAUUGUGGUGAACGUGCUUGUUGGCAUACGCAUUGUACAUCAGCCGUUGAUCUUGCUCUUGAUACUCUCUCCGCCGCUAGAUAUUUUGGUGUUGAACAGCUCGCAUUGCUCACUCAGAAACAACUAGCUAACAUGGUAGAAAAAGCUUCAAUUGAAGAUGUAAUGAAAGUGUUACUAGCAUCAAGAAAACAAGACAUGCAGCAAUUAUGGAGCACAUGUUCCCACCUGGUAGCAAAAUCAGGCCUACCUCCAGAAGUACUAGCAAAACACCUCCCUAUUGACAUCAUAGCCAAAAUAGAAGAGCUUCGUAUGAAAUCCUCUUUAUCACGUCGCUCUUUAAAUGCACACCAUCGUCGUCACCCCCACGACCUCACUGCCGCAGCCGACCUAGAAGACCAAAAAAUCCGCCGAAUGAGACGAGCCCUCGACUCCUCGGAUGUCGAACUCGUCAAACUCAUGGUAAUGGGAGAAGGCCUUAAUCUCGACGAAGCAUUAGCAUUACCUUAUGCCGUAGAGAAUUGUAGUAGAGAAGUGGUCAAAGCUUUAUUGGAACUCGGUGCAGCCGAUGUGAACUUCCCGGCUGGUCCAACCGGUAAAACUCCGCUCCACAUUGCCGCCGAGAUGGUGUCCCCGGACAUGGUUGCCGUGCUUCUUGACCACCAUGCCGACCCGAAUGUAAGAACGGUUGAUGGUGUUACGCCAUUGGAUAUUCUAAGAACCCUAACUUCAGAUUUUCUGUUCAAAGGUGCUGUCCCUGGAUUAACUCACAUAGAACCAAACAAACUAAGGUUGUGUUUGGAGCUUGUUCAAUCUGCAGCACUUGUUAUGUCAAGAGAAGAUGGGAAUAAUAAUGCUAACAACAAUAAUGCAACUUCUUCUUCAGGAACAACUAUGUAUCCUCAUAUGAAUGAAGAUCAUAGCCACAACAACAAUAUUAAUAAUAACCUUAACUUGGAUUCAAGGUUGGUUUAUCUUAACCUUGGUGCUAAUCAAAUCAGUUCGAGGAUGGAUUCUGGUGAUGAUGAUAACAACCAUAAUAGUCAAAGGGAAGCUAUCAACUCCUCCAUGUAUCAUCAUCAUCAUCACUCUCAUGACUACUAAUUAAUUUAAUUACUUGUAAGAGUAAGCUACCUAAAAAUUAAUAUUUUCAAACAGAUCAUAUCACUAAUUAAUAUAAUAUAAUUUCGAAAGUUAUUUCAAUUGCAAUGGAUGAAGGAGAAGUAGGUUUGUUUUGUUGUUGAAGAAAAUUAAGUGCUUCAUCAUGGAAAGUACUGGAUGAGUUUUUGGUGGAGCAUAAAAAAAAAA